CCAUGUUGGGUGUAUGUUACAGCAGGAAUGUGUAUAUCAACAAAGGGAUCGAACAUAAUAUGUGACUUGUGAUCAAUAAAUCCUGGCUGAUUAAUAGACGAACUGAGCUCAUUGGAAAAUACUUUCCCUAAAACAGAAACAGCAGCUGUCAAUCUCUAUUUGAUAUUGCCAGCAGCAGAAGUUUUUCUAAAGAACAGGACACCAACAGAACUAUACUAAGCAAGAUUAUGAAGAAAUCUUUUAAUAAGACAACCAAGGAUUCCAGCUCUCCAAACUCAAGCAAUUUCUCAGAACCCUUUAUGUCUACAAAGGAGAUCAUAAACACAAAACCUUUCUCAUGUUCUGAAUGCGGAAAAUGUUUUCGCUGGCAUUCACACUUUGUUCUACAUCAGAAAACUCACACAGGAGAGAAACCUUUCUCAUGUGCUGAAUGUGGGAAAUGUUUUAGCCAUAACCCGGCUCUAGUUUCACAUCAGAGAAUUCACACAGGAGAGAAACCUUUCUCAUGUUCUGAAUGCGGAAAAUGUUUUCGCUGGCAGUCACACUUUGUUCUACAUCAGAGAACUCACACAGGAGAGAAACCUUUCUCAUGUGCUGAAUGUGGGAAAUGUUAUAGCAAUAACCCGGCUCUAGUUUCACAUCAGAGAACUCACACAGGAGAGAAACCUUUCUCAUGUGCUGAAUGUGGGAAAUGGUUUCGCUUGCACUCAUCUCUUGUUUUACAUCAGAGAACUCACACAGGAGAGAAACCUUUCUCAUGUUCCGAAUGUGGGAAAUGUUUUAGCAAUAACCCGACUCUAGUUUCACAUCAGAGAACUCACACAGGAGAGAAACCUUUCUCAUGUGCUGAAUGUGGGAAAUGUUUUAGCGUGCACUCAGGUCUUGUUCAACAUCAGAGAACUCACACAGGAGAGAAACCUUUCUCAUGUUCUGAAUGUGGAAAAUGUUUUAGCGGGCACUCACAUCUUGUUACACAUCAGAGAACCCACACAGGAGAGAAACCUUUCUCAUGUUCUGAAUGUGGGAGAUGGUUUAGACAUAACACAUCUCUAGUUAGUCAUCAGAGAACUCACACAGGAGAGAAAACUUUCUCAUGUUCUGAAUGUGGGAGAUGGUUUAGACAUAAAACAUCUCUAGUUAGUCAUCAGAGAACCCACUCAGGAGAGAAACCUUUCUUAUGUUCUGAAUGUGGGAAAUCAUUUAGCUGUACACAAUCUCUUGUUAGACAUCAGAGAACUCACACAGGAGAGAAACCAUUCUCAUGUUCUGAAUGUGGAAAAUGUUUUGUCAAUAAAACGAAUCUUGUGCUUCAUCAGAGAACUCACACAGGAGAGAAACCGUUCUCAUGUUCUGAAUGUGGAAAAUGUGUUAGUAGUAAGGCAAAUCUUGUUAUACAUCAAAGAACUCACACGGGAGAGACACCGUUUGCAUGUUCUGAAUGUGGAAAAUGUUUUAGCUGUACACAAUCUCUUGUUAGACAUCAGAGAACUCACACAGGAGAGAAACCAUUCUCAUGUUGUGAAUGUGGAAAAUGUUUUGUCACUGAAACAAAUCUUGUGUAUCAUCAGAGAACGCAUACAGGAGAGAAACCAUUCUCAUGUUCUGAUUGUGGAAAAUGUUUUAGUCGUAAAGACACUCUUGUUAAACAUCAGAAAAUGCACACAGGAGAGAAACCAUUCUCAUGUUCUGAAUGUGGAAAAUGUUUUGUCAAUAAAACAAAGCUUGUGCUUCAUCAGAGAACGCACACAGGAGAGAAACCAUUCUCAUGUUCUGAAUGUGGAAAAUGUUUUAGUAGCAAGGCAAUUCUUGUUAUACAUCAAAGAACUCACACAGGAGAGACACCGUUCUCAUGUUCUGAAUGUGGAAAAUGUUUUAGUAGUAAGGCAAUUCUUGUUAUACAUCAAAGAACUCACACAGGAGAGACACCGUUUGCAUGUUCUGAAUGUGGAAAAUGUUUUGUCAAUAAAACAAAGCUUGUUCUUCAUCAGAGAACGCACACAGGAGAGAAACCAUUCUCAUGUUCUGAAUGUGGAAAAUGUUUUAGUAGUAAGGCAAUUCUUGUUAUACAUCAAAGAACUCACACAGGAGAGACACAGUUUGCAUGUUCUGAAUGUGAAAAAUGUUUUGUCAAUAAAACAAAGCUUGUGCUUCAUCAGAGAACGCACACAGGAGAGAAACCAUUCUCAUGUUCUGAAUGUGGAAAAUGUUUUAGUAGUAAGGCAAUUCUUGUUAUACAUCAAAGAACUCACACAGGAGAGACACCGUUUGCAUGUUCUGAAUGUGGAAAAUGUUUUGUCAAUAAAACAAAGCUUGUGCUUCAUCAGAGAACGCACACAAGAGAGAAACCAUUCUCAUGUUCUGAAUGUGGUAAAUGUUUUAGUAGUAGAGACACACUUGUUGGACAUCAGAGAACGCAUACAGGAGAGAAACCAUUCUCAUGUUCUGAUUGUGGAAAAUGUUUUAGUCGUAAAGAAACUCUUGUUAUACAUCAGAGAACUCACACAGGAGAAAAACCAUUUGCAUGUUCUGAAUGUGGAAAAUGUUUUGUCAGUAAAACAAAGCUUGUGCUUCAUCAGAGAAAGCACACAGGAGAGAAACCUGUAUCAUGUUCUGAAUGUGGAAAAUGUUAUAGUAGUAGAGACACACUUGUUGCACAUCAGAGAACUCACACAGGAGAGAAACCAUUUGCUUGUUCUGAAUGUAGAAAAUGUUUUAGUAGUAAGGCAAAUGUUGUUAUACAUCAGAGAACUCACACAGGAGAGAAACCUUUCUCAUGUUCUGAAUGUGAAAAAUGUUUUAGUAGUAGAGGCACACUUGUUAAACAUCAGAGAACUCACACAGGAGAGAAACCUUUCUCAUGUUCUGAAUGUGGAAAAUGUUUUAGUAGUAGAGGCACACUUGUUAGACAUCAGAGAACUCACACAGGAGAGAAACCUUUCUCAUGUUCUGAAUGUGGAAAAUCCCUGAUCUGGUUCUCAAAUCUUGUUACACACCGGAGAAUUCACACAGGAGAGAAACCUUUCUCAUGUUCUGAAUGUGCGAAAAGUUUCACCACUAAACUGUCUCUUGAGACACAUGAGAGAACUCACACUGGAGAGAAACCUUUCUUAUGUUCUGAAUGUGGGAAAUGUUUUGGCAGUAGUGCAAAUCAUAUUAGACAUCAGAGAACUCACAACGAAAAUAAACCUUUUUCAUGUUCUGAAUGUGGAAAAUGUUUUGGCAGUAAAUCAGGUCUUAUUGCACAUCAGAAAUAUCAUAGAGGCGAGAAGCCAUUCUCAUGUUCUGAAUGUGGAAAAUGUUUUAGUUGGCACACACACCUUCUUAAACAUCAGAGGACUCAUACAGGAGCGAAGUCGUUCUCAUGUUCUGAAUGUGGAAAAUGCUUUGUCUGUAAAUCACUUCUUGUUGCACAUCAGAAAACUCACACAGGAGAGAAAAUCUUCUAAUGUUCAGAAAGUGGAAAAUGUUUAAUCAGUAAACCUAAUCUUGAUGCACACCAGAGAACUAAAACGGGAGAAACGUUUCCCUUGUUUUUAAUGUAAGAGAAAUAUCUUAGA